AUGGGCAAUCAAUUGUCUAGUUUGGCACCAUCCCAGAUACUUUCUGUCGAUCACUAUCUAUCCGACCUACCGCAAUAUCAUUAUGAAAAAAGGGGUGGCCUCACGGUAGUAAAAGUCUUUGCUUUACCGGAUGCUCAACUACCCAUGAAGUUUUUUCAAGAUAAAGUGCACGAAACUCGAGGAAAAUUAAAUGGUUGUGCUAGUCUCUUGCCGUUCCAACGAACUAUGAUAUCAGACAGAGCUGCAUUCCUGAUCAGGCAAUAUAUGAAAUAUACGCUUUACGAUAGAAUAAGUACCAGGCCAUUCUUAAGCGAUAUUGAAAAGAAAUGGAUAGCUUUUCAACUGUUAACAGCAGUUAAACAAAUGCACAGCAGGAAUAUUCAGCAUGGUGACAUCAAAACUGAAAAUGUUAUGGUUACUAGUUGGAAUUGGGUUAUGCUAACUGAUUUUGCCUGUUAUAAGCCAGUAUAUCUCCCCGAGGAUAAUCCUGCAGACUUUUCAUACUUUUUCGAUACUUCAAGAAGAAGAAGUUGCUACAUCGCAUGUGAAAGAUUUCUGGACAGCACUUUAUUUGCUAGAUUAGCAGAAAAUUCACAAUCUGCUGGUACGGAAGCUGCCAGCAAGGCAAACACAGUGACGGAGACCAUGGAUUAUAAUAAACUAACAGCUGCUAUGGACAUCUUUUCCGUUGGCUGUGUUUUAGCUGAAUUGUUCACGGAAGGUCAUCAGUUAUUCGAUCUAUCUCAAUUACUAGCAUACAGGCAGGGUGAAUGUUUACCAGAAGAUGUCUUAUCCAAAAUAGACGAUAGAUCGAUUCAGGAACUGAUAUUACAUAUGAUCCAGAAAGAUCCCAUGAAGCGUUACUCUGCUGAGGAGUAUCUAAAUAAAUGGAGAGGUCAUUCCUUUCCGGAUGUAUUUUAUGAUUUUCUGUAUUAUUAUAUGGAAUCCUAUGGGCAAAGACCUUUCCUAACUUCCGACGAAAAAAUUGCAAAGCUUAAGGAGGAUAUGAAUCGCAUAAUUAAAGAGCUAACUUCCACGGAUAAUUAUAUUAAUGAAUUUUUAGUACUCAUUCUUCCUCUACUAACAUCCUGUAUCCGAGAUUUGCAGGUGGAGUUGCUUACCGAUUCACAGCCACGAGCUAAAGCCGCCGCUAUUAGAACUCUUACUAAAUGCUUAAGCAAUGUUAAAUAUGUCCCUAAAAGUGAUGUUAAUAUUUUCUUGGAAUAUAUUUUACACAGCCUGGCUACGAACGACAAAGAUGUAUUUGUAAGAGUUGCUUACGCAGAAAAUAUCGCCAAAUUAGCGGAAACUGCUCUCAGAUUCCUAGAAGUUUCUCAUAUGAAGCAGUAUUCUGACGAAAGCAUCUUUGUGAAAGACUCUACCUUAAACUUUCAGACAAGCUACGAUAUCGAGUUGCAAGCACUUCAGGACUUAAUCCAAAAGAAAACGGUUCUGUUGUUAAGUGACACUGAAAAUGUUGUCAAAAGAGCAAUUCUCGAAAAUGGCAUUUCAAAAUUGUGUUUAUUUUUCGGAAGACAGAAAGCAAGCGAUGUUUUAUUGUCCCAUAUGAUAACGUUUCUGAACGACAAGUCGGAUUGGCAGAUGCGAGGAACAUUUUACGAUAGCAUAAUUGGUGUCGCGGGGUAUGUAGGCUGGCAAAGUCUUUCCAUGCUAAGACCAUUACUCCAACAGGGGCUUAGUGAUCCUGAGGAAUUCGUGAUAUGCAAGGCACUUGAAGCAUUGACAGAUGUAGUCAAUUUAAGGCUACUUGAUGGUAAUGUAGUAGAUGAUGUAACCAAAGAAGUAAUUCCUUUUCUGUAUCAUCCUAUGUUUCGAAAGCUUGUAUCUUUAGGCUUUAAGGUGGAAGAUGAAGAAAAAUUAUUGUGUAUGAAGGAAAUCUUGCUACGAAUCCAUCAUGCAAAAUCGAGCAUGGAUACCUCACAUACCAGUGAAUAUGGAUCACCAGAACAUCUAGAAUUAAUCGCUUUAACUAAAACGAAAUCUCGCUCUUUAAAUUUGUCACCGGCUGUGGAAAUUUCGAAUGAGGAUUCAAAGAAGAGCAGUCGUCGCAAGUCGUCAGCAGAUGUUGGAAAUUCUAAUACUAUGAAUGCUGAAUGGAAGCAUAUGUUUGGAUCUACUCAGAAGAUUGAUCAUCUACCUUCUAAAAAGAAUUCCAGUAAAUCGCUAUUGAGUAAUUUACCAAGUGAACAGAUUAAAUCUUCCUCCGAUAGAAAAGGCAGUAUUAGUGAAAAGCAAUCCCAACUGCGUUCUGCGAAGAAUUCUACCUCGUCUUUAGCUGCCGACCGCGGAUUGCAAAAGUAUGGAUCAAAAAAAGGACUAAAAGCUAAACAAGUUGGAAUCGUAGAUUGGGAGAAAGUACCAACUCCAGCGGGAUGGAAGCCAAAGGGAGAGUUGAUAGCCCAUAUCCGAGAACAUCGCGGAGCUAUUACAAAAAUUGCAACAUCGGAAGAUUCUAAAUUGUUUGCGUCUGGUUCGAGCGACGGCACCGUAAAGCUAUGGGAAGCAAAACGGAUGGAGGGUCGGACUACUAUGUUAAAAGCUAAUGUAACGUAUGCUUUUCAAGGUUCGCGUGUUACUAGUGUGGAAUUUUGCCAGCAAUCGUCAGCGCUGGCGUGUGCAACUGAUAAUGGAGUGCUUAGGAUUGUUAGACUUGGAGAAGGCUCAACACAACCAACUGUAACGAAUACCAUUACACUGGAUCCUAAAGAGGGUUCCAUCAUAGACUUGCAAUAUUUCGAUUCGGGUUCUCAAGCUGUCCUUUCCUACGUUACUACCCACGGCUGCAUUUGUGGUUGGGACUCGAGAAUGCCUCAUCGAAUGGCAUGGAAGCUACAGAAUGAUCUUAAAAAUGGUGCGUGUGUGAAAUGUUUAACUCCGAAUCCUAAGGAGCAGUCAUGGGUAGUAUCUUCGAUGCAGGGAAAUAACGAAGUUUCCAUGUGGGAUGUCGAAACAGGUGCCAGAAGAAAGAUGCUGUGGGCUAGUUCCGCUCCUCCGAUGUCAACUACGCAGAGUUCACCUGAAAGCGUAUUAGCUGUAUACCCUGGACCUCCUGAUGACCGCUUUAUUUUAACCGCUGGUACUGAUCGCCGAAUUAGAUAUUGGGAUACUGAAAGUUGUGGAUCAUCCUAUGUUGUGGUUGGCUCAGCAACAGAAACAACUGAUUCAUCAGAGUUUCAAUAUCGAAGCCGUGCAAUCGAUGGUACUGAAGUAAUUAUCGAAAAGGAGAUUAAGCGAAAAGAAAACACUCAAGAAGAUGCGCCACGCCGCGGUCCGGAGGCCCCAUUUAUUGGGCAUCACGAUACUAUCAAUCAACUGACCGUAGUGAAAGGUCUUCAAGGACUAAUGAUUAGUGGGGCUCAAGAUGGCGUAAUCAAAGUUUGGGUGUAA